AUGUCCAUCCUCAGACUUCAAGCUUCCCGAUUACUCAGACCUGCUACUGGCCCCGCUGCUUCGGCUAGGGUGUGGAGCAGAGGAUACGCUGCGAGCGUACACGGAAAUGAUCCCAAGAUCAUCGAAGAGGAGAAACAACGAAAUCUCAAAGGUCAACAAGAUUCAUCUUCUCCUCAUAAGAACCAUGCUCCUGGAUGGAACGAACAUCUCGCUUCAAACUCCGAAGCUGCUGUCAAGGCCGACCAAGCUGGACCAACUGGAAAACCAGGUAAAGAUCUCCAAGACGCUACUGUUUCCCAAACCCACAAGAGACACCACGAGGAAUCAUCAUCAUUCAGCAAGACUACCGAAAGUGAAGAUGAUGUAAGAGCUGAUGCAGGUCCAAAACCAAGAGGAUAA